CUGGUUCUGGGUUAUUGUUGUGCAGCGCUAAAAUAGAGAUAAGAAAGGCAAAAUCAGAGACCAUAGUGGCGUUCUAAUUUGCUGGAGUGUAAAACUUCUCCCGUUCAAUUCAAUGAUGGCACUUCAUUGCAUUCAUAGUUGCUCUUCACUUCAUAGCCCUAACAUCUUCUCAGUCCACUACUCCAGCAAUCCAACUUUCUUGCAUAAUAUUUCCAAUUCUUCAUCUAAAACCAUCUACUGCAACCAAAACAAUUUCAAACCCCUCUUCAAGACUCUAAAUUUCACACAUUUUAAGCGUGAGAAGUCUAAAGACCUCAAUUUUCUUAUCUUUUGCUCCAAAAGCUGUCAGGAAUCUGAAAAGGAGACCAAGCACGAGCUAGACUCUAAAGGCGGAGGAGGCGAAGGGGGAGGAGGCGAAGGCGGAGGCGGAGACGAUGGGGGUGGCGGAGAUGAUAUAUUGGUUGAGAAGGGAAACAGGGUUUUGCCAGAAUGGCUGGAUUUCACUUCAGAUGAUGCUAUAACGGUUUUUGCGGCUUUGGCUAUAUCUUUGGCGUUCAGGUCCUUUGUAGCUGAGCCGAGAUAUAUACCUUCCUUGUCUAUGUAUCCCACCUUUGAUGUUGGCGACAGGAUUGUCGCUGAAAAGGUCUCUUAUUUGUUCAGAAAGCCAUGUCCUAAUGAUAUUGUGAUUUUCAAAAGUCCUCCAGUUCUUCAGGAAGUGGGAUACACUGAUGAUGAUGUCUUCAUUAAACGAAUUGUCGCAAAGGGAGGCGACACUGUUGAGGUUCAUGAAGGGAAAUUAAUAGUGAAUGGAAUUGCCAGAAACGAAGAUUAUAUUCUUGAAAACCCCAACUAUGAAAUGACUCCGAUACGUGUACCUGAACAGUCUGUUUUUGUGAUGGGUGAUAAUCGGAAUAACAGCUAUGACUCACACGUUUGGGGCCCACUGCCUUCGAAGAAUAUAAUUGGGAGAUCUGUAUUCCGGUACUGGCCACCCAAAAGAAUUGGUGCCACAGUUUCUCCAGAAGGCUGUGCUGUUGAUAAGAAAGAUAGUAGCUUGGCCGGAGAAGAUACCAGUUUAGCAGCACAGUGACCUACUUUGUGAAAAAAGUUCAAGGGAGUGUUAUUGCUAAACAUAAUAUUUCAUCAUUCUAAAUGCCAUCUUUUGAUUGAGCUGCAGACAGGGUCAAUUAUGAUCUAUUGGUUUAUUUUCUUUGGCAUUAUUGACCCUUAUGUGGUGUAGCAGAGAGGGUCAAAUAUGAUGUAUUGGUUUAUUUUCUUUUGCAUCAUUGACCCUUAUGUGGUGUAACAUGAAGGCUUAAUUUUUGAAACACAAUAGCUUGUCAACUGUACAGACUAUUCUACUUCAGCAUUCUUGAUUGCACAUUAUGUCAUUAUUAUACCAUCUCCCUAUCCUAUGCUCCUUGUAUUCCUAAUUGUGAGCCAACUGAGCAUUUGAAGUAUCCGGAAGUAUUUGGGUGUUUGUUUGCAUGCCCACAUGCUAUAUUCCGAUAUGAGGAGUGUGACUGUGUGAGUUGUGUUCAAAUCCC